CCUACGUGGGGAGUGUGAUCAGGACAAGUAUCGCCAGCUUGACUUGGCGACUUAAAACAAGACGCCGCUUCCUCCCUACGCCGUAUAUCUGUCCGAACAUCUCUCAGGCGACUAUUUGACUGCGGCACUCCUCGCACUGCCUCUUGCUUUCUGAUCCUCUCAAUCAUCCAUCCCUCGCUACCCCGCAUUGCAGGAUACCCCACCAAACACUGUUUGGGAUCGAUGCCUGUGCUCCCAUCCACUGUUUCGAAACCACCUCCUCCAAUUCAGACGCUGGCUACUUCUUCCAGCGAGUCCCAAGCCUCAAUGGCUCCAACAUCUCCUGCUGAGCCCUCUCCCGCCUCCUUCAUGUCGCGCCGCAGCACUCAAGGCUCAGCGUCGUCGACGAUCUCCCCGGUCGAGGCGACCUUCUUCGAAUCAAUUGCCUCGAAAGUAAAGCGAGGCCGUUCCCGCAGCCGCUCCCAGCAAGGCGUACCCCGGAACCGAUCAAAAUCGCCCUUACCACCCGAUCAUCUGUCCUCAUCGUCUUCUGCUCGCACCUCCACCUCGCCGCCAAGGCCUCAGCAAACCCGUCACUUCUCAACCAUCAGCCAGGACUCGACUCGAUCCAGCAACGAUGACUCAAAACGAUUUGACCCAACUCCAACGCGGCGCGCUACAGCAAGCAGCGAUCCAUGGCGAGGACGCCACGCGAACUCGUGGCUCUUCAACGACUUCAGCGUCACAGACCACGCAAAGGACCUCUUCCACCUCGGCAAGAACUCCCGCUCAUAAAGCAGCUGAGCAGUGCUCGUCUGUAAUCUUCUACUAGAUUGUUUGGCUGUGCUGGAACGCUGCUGGAUGCUUAGUGCAUGCUUCUCGAUGAAGCGGAACAGGCCACUGAUACACAUACUUCUGUGGAUAGAACUGUGUCUUCGGGCCAGGACAGAGAGUCGAGCUGGCUCGAGUCAAAUUGGUUAUCUCUGCAAAAGACUGAGCGAUAUUUUUCUUUCGUUCUAACGAUUCAGACGUUUAGUUGGGACGGUGCGGUGAUUUAAGGAUGGGCUUUUCUUUCUCUUGUUGGAAACGUGGUAUCUUUGAAUGAACGGCC